AUGGACAUGCUCGAGGCCACCAUCGUCCAGCGCGAGAGCCUCAAGUCCCUCGUGCGCGAGCUCCACCAGCAGCAGCAGCAGAUCAGCUCGCCCGCCGCCCUGCAGCGACACGACCGCGACGACUGUGCGGUCGACACGCAGGCCAUCACGCACGACGACAACGACCACGACCACGACGACGAUGCGGUGCUGCUGCGUCGCGAGGAGGAGCGCCUGCAGGGCGAGAAUGGGGCGCUGCUGCUGGCCGUGGCCCAGGCGCGGACGAACGAGGAGACCCGCGAGGCCGAGGUGGUCAAAGUGGUGGAGCGACGCCUGGCCUUGCUGAACCCCACAGUGCGGUGA